CUAAAACCUUUUUUUUUUUCAUUUCUUAACUACUUUUAUAUCUAUAUUUUGUUGUUGAAAAAUGAAUUAAGAUUAACAUCUUCAGCUUCCCUUUUUCAAUCAUUCUUGAGAAUAAUUUUUAAAAAAUUUACAUAGGUAUAACUCGUUUGAUCGAUUAAAAAUUUGAAUCAUACGUGCAUAAUUUUUAGUCGAUCUUUAAAAAUUUAUUUUCGAGUUUAGCCUAUGUAAAUUAAUGUGUAUAUUUUUCUUGUAAAAUAAUUGAAUUGGUGGAAUCAAGAAAUUGCUUAUAAAGAAUAAAGAUACAUUGCAAUAGUUGAAGAAUGAGUUGUUUGCCAUGCUUUUCAUCUCAAGCAAAGAAAACAAGAAAAGAAAAUAACACCAGAAAAUCAGUGGCUCAUCCGCGGCCUACGUCUCCUCCUCGUCAACGAGAAGCACACGCCCAAGUGCAUCCGCGCCCCGAUGAUAAUCCUAGACAAAACCAUGAAGCUCAUACGCAUAAUAAGGAUGGGACUAAUAAUAAAGAAGGCAACAACAUAGCAGCACAAACUUUUACAUUCCGGGAACUAGCGGCGGCUACGAAGAAUUUCAAACAGGAAUGUCUGAUUGGUGAAGGUGGUUUCGGAAGAGUUUAUAAGGGAAAACUUGACAAGACAAACCAGAUAGUGGCUGUGAAGCAACUUGACAGAAAUGGGAUGCAAGGAAACAGAGAAUUUCUAGUAGAGGUGUUGAUGUUGAGUCUCUUGCACCAUCACAAUCUUGUCAAUCUUAUAGGAUAUUGUGCUGAUGGCGAUCAAAGACUUCUUGUCUAUGAGUUCAUGGCAUUAGGUUCUCUUGAAGACCAUCUACUAGAACUUCCACCAGAGCAAGAGGCAUUAGAUUGGUUCACAAGAAUGAAAAUAGCAUUAGGUGCUGCUAAAGGAUUAGAGUAUUUGCAUGAUAAAGCAAAUCCUCCUGUUAUAUACCGAGAUCUGAAAUCAUCAAACAUUUUGCUUGACGAGGAAUACAAUGCUAAACUGUCUGAUUUCGGACUAGCCAAGCUCGGACCUGUAGGAGACAAGUCUCAUGUAUCUUCCAGAGUUAUGGGAACUUAUGGCUACUGCGCCCCGGAAUAUCAAAGAACAGGACAAUUAACGACUAAAUCAGAUGUAUACAGUUUCGGAGUUGUUUUACUUGAGUUGAUUACUGGAAGAAGAGCCAUUGACACCACAAGAACAACCCAUGAGCAAACUCUAGUUACCUGGGCACAACCAGUAUUCAAGGAUCCAAAAAGAUUUCCAGAGCUAGCUGAUCCACUUAUGAACGGAAAUUUCCCGGUAAGAGGGCUAAACCAAGCAGUAGCAGUAGCAGCAAUGUGUCUGCAUGAGGAAGCAUCAGUUCGACCAUGGAUGAGCGACGUUGUGAGCGCUCUGAGUUUCCUCGGAGAAGCAUCAGCAGCAGCAACAGCAGCACCAUCACCAGGUGGAGGUGGUGCUGCUACAACACUUACUACCCUAGCUUCUUUAGCCUCUAUACCAUCCGAAUACACAAUCGGAGAGGAUGAUUACGAGUACGCAGAUGAAAAUAGCAUUCGACAACGCCAAGAAGCUGUUGUAGAAGCCAUGGAAUGGAGUUCUGAUGGAAGAUCGCGGCGGGCAAGUGUUUCUUCUUUAUAAUAUUUCCUGCCUUUUAUGUUCUGUUUUUAUAUGUAUGUGGAUUUGGGGUUUCUUCAGAAUGACAUUCUGAUGGCAAAACUGUGUGAAAUAGCAGAAAUAUUGAUAAAGCGGAUAAAUUCUGAGAUGAAUUCAGAGAAAGGAUACCAAAAGAUUGUGUGUUUGCUUUUAUGUUGUGUUUUUUUUGUUAUCAAUUUCCAGAAAAGAGCACAAAAUGAACAACA